AUGACAUCUGGGCAAGUUCUUCAUAUUGAUGACCUUGACCUGAUAAUUGAACUUCCAGACUCCUCAGACACACCAUGGUGGAUUGUGGGCAAGGAUCAGAAUGUGUACUGGAAGAGAUGUAAUGUUAUUAUUGUUGAGAAGGACAGUGAGGAGAAGAAUAAGGAAACACCACUCAAGCAGUGUAAUGGCCAAGGAACUGUACCCCCAGACAUUGAACUGUACAUGUCUGGUCAGGGUGGAAGAGUGAAGGAAAGAUAG